CCGCGUCCGUCUGCAAAGCGGAAUCUCGCCACGUAAUGUGCGUAACCUUGCCGGCUGGUGAAUACGCAGCUGUUGUUUGUGUUUUGCUUCCUGUGUCGAGAGUGGCUCCGAUUGCGCAGAAUUCAGCGGUGCUGUAAGGGUUAACACGGGAGCACACUCACUUUUUUUUUUGAAGUGAGCAGUGCGUUUGCUACACGGAUAAAGUACGACAAGCAGGUGGAGUUGGAAGGUGCCACAGGCAGCCCUCUAGGUGACGCAAUGCCGCCCAAAUUCAAACGCCAUCUGAACGACAGUGAGGUCACAGGCUCUGUGAAGAGCGAGAGGAGAAACCUGUUGGAGGAUGACUCUGGUGAAGAAGAGGACUUCUUCCUGAGAGGGCCUUCAGGACCCACAUUUGGACAGAAAAAUGAGAAGAUUAAGCAGGUGCAGACCCAGGUGGAUGAGGUGAUUGAUGUCAUGCAAGAGAACAUCACCAAGGUGAUCGAGAGGGGAGAACGGCUGGACGACCUGCAGGACAAGUCUGAAAGCCUGUCAGAUAACGCCUCGGCAUUCAGCAGCCGAGCCAAGCAGCUGCGCAGGAGGAUGUGGUGGAGAGAGUGCAAAAUGAAGGCAAUCGUAGCGCUGGUGGUGGUGGCCAUCCUGCUGAUCAUCGUGGUUCCUCUGAUCCUGCGGUACCGUUAGUGCCAGGCUAGGAGGAGCCAGCAGGGGGCGCUGUGGCGGAGGACUCGAUGGCUUCCCCUCUCCCCUCUCCCCUCUCCCCUCUCCCCUCUCCCCUCUCCCCUCUCCCCUCUCGUAUAUUCAGCUCCAGUGCAAAGCCAGGAACAAAGUGUGCUGGGAAUCAAACGAGAUUUGCACCAAUCAGCCAAGGACCUCAGCACCGUCCCUUUCCCAGUGACUCAACAAUGGAAGAACGGACCAAUCAUGGUGUGCGGACCUCAGUGACUCAACAAUGGAAUAAUCACUCAGCAUCCACCAAUCGGAACCCUCCUUCCCAGUCCUCUGCCAGUCAGCCUGCAGCCUCUCCACCUCCCACCUCUACCAGUGGGGGGCACUGUGGAGCCAGCACUGAAGAUGCUACGUUGGUGCAAGAACACUGCUGGGGUUCAAUAUGGAUAACAAGGUCAAGUGUACAUACCCCAUAUCUGUGUAUAAAAAACAAAUCAUCUGGGACUGAUGUUUACAAUUUUACAGUCAUGUGAUAUCUUACACUUUCUGUCCAAUUGUUUUGAUUUGAGUAGACAAUUCUGACAAAAAAUAAAUUUAAAAAUAAUAAUAAAUCCUGAAUGUGUGACUGUGCCAGGGGGAGUUUAAAAAAAAAAAGCAAACCAGACAGUACUUUAAGAGUGAAGCUCAUCUCUACCAGACACUACUGUGAGAGUGAAGCUCAUCUCUACCAGACAGUACUGAGAGUGAAGCCCAUCUCUACCAGACAGUACUGUAAGAGUGAAGCUCAUCUCUACCAGACAGUACUUUAAGAAUGAAGCCCAUCUCUACCAGACAGUACUGAGAGUGAAGCUCAUCUCUACCAGACAGUACUGUAAGAGUGAAGCUCAUCUCUACCAGACAGUACUGAGAGUGAAGCUCAUCUCUACCACACAGUACUGAGAGAGUGAAGCUCAUCUCUACCAGACAGUACUGUAAGAGUGAAGCCCAUCUCUACCAGACAGUACUGUGAGAGUGAAGCUCAUCUCUACCAGACAGUACUGAGAGUGAAGCCCAUCUCUACCAGACACUACUGUGAGAGUGAAGCUCAUCUCUACCAGACAGUACUGUAAGAGUGAAGCUCAUCUCUACCAGACAGUACUUUAAGAAUGAAGCCCAUCUCUACCAGACAGUACUGAGAGUGAAGCUCAUCUCUACCAGACAGUACUGUAAGAGUGAAGCUCAUCUCUACCAGACAGUACUGAGAGUGAAGCUCAUCUCUACCACACAGUACUGAGAGAGUGAAGCUCAUCUCUACCAGACAGUACUGUAAGAGUGAAGCCCAUCUCUACCAGACAGUACUGUAAGAGUGAAGCUCAUCUCUACCAGACAGUACUGUGAGAGUGAAGCUCAUCUCUACCACACAGUACUGAGAGUGAAGCUCAUCUCUACCAGACAGUACUGAGAGUGAAGCUCAUCUCUACCAGACAGUACUGUGAGAGUGAAGCUCAUCUCUACCAGACAGUACUGAGAGAGUGAAGCCCAUCUCUACCAGACAGUACUGUGAGAGUGAAGCUCAUCUCUACCAGACAGUACUGUAAGAGUGAAGCUCAUCUCUACCAGACAGUAUUGAGAGUGAAGCCCAUCUCUACCAGACAGUACUGUAAGAGUGAAGCCCAUCUCUACCAGACAGUACUGUAAGAGUGAAGCCCAUCUCUACCAGACAGUACUGUAAGAGUGAAGCCCAUCUCUACCAGACAGUACUGUGAGAGUGAAGCUCAUCUCUACCAGACAGUACUGUAAGAGUGAAGCCCAUCUCUACCACACAGUACUGUGAUAGUGAAGCUCAUCUCUACCAGACAGUACUGUAAGAGUGAAGCUCAUCUCUACCACAGUACUGUGAGAGUGAAGCCCAUCUCUACCACAGUACUGUAAGAGUGAAGCCCAUCUCUACCAGACAGUACUGUAAGAGUGAAGCCCAUCUCUACCAGACAGUACUGAGAGAGUGAAGCUCAUCUCUACCACAGUACUGUGAGAGUGAAGCCCAUCUCUACCACAGUACUGUAAGAGUGAAGCCCAUCUCUACCAGACAGUACUGUAAGAGUGAAGCCCAUGCUCUUGUUCUUCUUCCCCAGAGCAGUCCCAGUCCUCUGAAGACAGCACGUCACUCACUGUGCUUUACUCCACUAAUGCUGUGUUUUAUGCUAUACCCCCCCCCCCCCCAUCUACAGUAAAAUAGAAUACUUUUACAAAUUGCUGUGCACAGGGCCUGCCAGUGAAUUAACCACCUUAUUAAGUUCUGGAGGAGUGCUGUGGUAUAGUUGGCGAGUCCAGCAGCUGUCAUUGUUCAUGUCGCAUGUCAAGGCAGAUGAAGCCCAGCUCACAACACUGUGAAUGAAGCCUAGCACUGGAGCCCCCCCAGUCUGCAGAA